AUGCCAUUAAAGAAAAAUUAUACAAGAAGAUCUCUUAAUAGGAGUUUCCUUAUAAUGGUGCCCGUAGUUAUUUUAUUGACUCUAUUUAAAUUGCAUAGUGUGUUUGCUUCUAUUUUGGCUUUGGAGGAUCCAUUAUUCUUGGCUGAUUUAGUGAAAGACCCUGAGCUAUUUGUAAAGCAUAUCUCUGGUGGUAAUGAUCAUAAUAUCGAUAUAGGUGAUUUGAAUAGAUCUCCUACGUUAACACCAGAUCAAAAAUUACUGAAAAAGGGUUUCCAUGGUGCUAUUAGUUCAGAUUUGGAGUUGUGUAAUAAUUUGACUGUUAAUUCUGUUUUAAAGAAGUUCCCUCAAGCCAAUGCGGCUGAUGCCUCUGUAACUUUAGGUUUAUGUAUUGGUAUGGUUAACUUCUUCAACAGUGGUAUAGGAGGUGGUGGUUAUGCUGUAUUCUCUGGUAAGAAUGAGUCUGACCACUUGUUUGUAGAUUUUAGAGAAAAGGCUCCGAUUAAUGCCCAUAAGGAUAUGUUCGAAAAUUGCACAAUGUGUUCUAAAGUUGGUGGAUUGGCUAUUGCUGUCCCUGGUGAACUUAUGGGGUUAUAUCAUUUAUUUGAGUCAAGAGGAAGUGGAAAUGUAACUUGGUAUGAUUUAGUAGAACCAGUGGCCACAUUAGGGUAUAAAGGCUGGGAGGUCGAAGAAACUCUAGCUUUUGCGUUAAGGUUUUAUGAGCCUAUAUUUUUAAAGUUAUCUUCAACUUGGGAGUUUGUAUUAAACGAAAAUAAAACUGGAGUCAAGAGAAGAGGUGAUUGGAUUAGCAGACCCAUAUUUGCAAAUCUUUUGAUGGAAUUAGCACAUAAUGGGAGUGUAGCUCCAUUUUAUGACCCUAACCAUUGGAUGGCAAAGUCAAUGGUAAAUACAAUUCAAAACAAUGGUGGUAUAAUAUCGUUACAAGACUUCGAAUCAUAUAAUAUCAAUUCAAGUUUACCAUUAUCAAUGAAAAUACGAAAAGGUUUUAUGAAUGCUCCAAAUAAUGACUUAACAAUUUUAACUAGUUCUGGCUCUAGUUCUGGCGCCGCAUUGCUAUCUGCCCUUUCUAUAAUGGACAAUUACCCAAGUGUUAAAGGUGGCGACUAUGGAACUGAAACUACAUUCGAGUUAGUUGAAGCUAUGAAGUGGAUGGCUUCUGCUAGAAGUAGACUAGGAGAUUAUAAUGGGCCUGAUUUACCUCCUAGGAUAAAAGAGGUAUUAGACCAAAGUUGGACAAGCAACGCAAUAAAUAAUAUAAGGAUUAACUCAACUGAUCAUGGCUAUAAAACGUUGGAAAACUGGACUCUUUAUAAUCCUGCAUAUGAAAUGAAUGAACCCCAUGGUACUGCUCAUUUCAGUAUAGUUGAUCACCAUAACAACGCAGUGUCUUUGACAACUACGAUUAACUUGCUAUUUGGAUCAUUGGUUUAUGAUAAGAACACCGGUGUGAUAUUUAAUAAUGAAAUGGAUGACUUCUCUCAAAACCAUAGAUCGAAUAGUUUUUCAUUAGCUGCGUCGAAAUAUAAUUUCCCAGAACCUGGUAAAAGGCCACUGUCAUCAACUUCUCCAAGUAUAAUUUUGAAUGAAAUUGGAUUCCCAGACCUUAUAGUCGGUGCUUCUGGAGGAUCCAGAAUUACAACUAGUACACUCCAGACUAUUAUAAGGACAUACUGGUAUAAUAUGCCACUGCUUGAAGCUAUUGCAUAUCCAAGAGUUCAUCACCAACUUCUACCGUAUCAAUUAGAAUUGGAAAGUUUUAAUCUAGUAGGAAGAGAAACGGUUAAGCAGCUGGAAAAUAUGGGACAUGAUGUCGUCGAAGAAAUUCCUAAAAGUGUAGUAAACGCCAUUCGAUUUGUUGAAGGAGAAUGGCAUGCUGUCAGUGAUUUUUGGAGGAAAAGAGGUAUUUCCAUAGCAUAUUAG